AGAGAAGCGUAAAAGGCAACAGACGUCAUCGCACAGCAUUCACAAGGAAGCGACCUCCGAAUCCAUUAAACGGGCGAGAGAACAACGGUGAGGAGGGAGAAGGCAGCGUUGCAUCGCAGUGCAAAUGAGUGCCGCCGCCGUCUUCGCGGGGUACGCGCAGUACAGCGCGAAAGGGGACGGCUUCACCUACGCCCUCACCAACGCCACCGCACCCACCACGCCAGGCGCUGCGGUGGUUCUUGUAAGCGACGUGCAACGGGCCUUGAGCUUCUUUCCCUUCUUGUUUUUACUUGCCGGCGUGGUGCUGGGUACGUUGCUGCUGGCGCUCCUCCUCAUCGCGUUCUGCUGCCGGCGUCACACGAUCUCGAUGGAGCUGCGGUGCCUGCGGCUGCAGCGCACCCACGCGGAGCUGUGCCUCACCCUCGCGGGGGAGGUCCUUGACCGGACGCCGGUGCGACCCGCGCCUCCCACAAAGCGGCCGGAGCCGCCUAAGAUGCAGCGCCACCGCAGCAGCAGCAGCAGGAGGAGCGCCCGCACCUCCAACUCGCCUCCGCAACCGCCGCAGCAACAAGGGCCGCAGCAACAGCAACAGUCAUUCGUCUUGCCACCCUCCCCUGCGCCUCCGCUGCCGCCGCUACCCAUCACCAACCGCUGGAUGCUGACCCCCGAGCCGUUCGGCGUGUUCCCACCCCGGCAGCCGCCCACGCAGCCUCUCUUCCCCGAAUCCCCAACCGCGAUGGAGGCGAACUGCGCCGCCUGCAACUACAAUAACAUGUACUUCCCUGUGCCGAUCCUCGCCGCAGCGCACAAGGCGGCCUCCCCAUCGCCAGAGGAGAGAGCGAGGGCAUCGGAGCCGGAGCAGCAGGGCCUGGAGGAGACACAGUCGGACACCUCAUCAGCUACCGGCUCCAUUACCGCGCCAGCACCGACGCUGCGGCGACGUACGUCUCGAGUGAGCUUCAUAGGCGCCGAAUAA